AUGGAUGUCAUUUGCCCAAUUGAGCCAGCCGCCUCUAAUAGACAUAGAUUUAUUUUGGUUGCCAUUGAUUACUUCACCAAGUGGGUGGAAGCAAAUUCCUAUAAAUGUGUGACGAAGAAGGUAGUAGCUAAUUUUGUUCGUAACAACCUCAUAUGUCGAUUUGGACUACCUGAUUACAUUAUUACAGACAAUGGUGGAAACCUCAACAGUCAGUUAAUGAAGGAGAUAUGUGAGCAAUUCAAGAUUAUUCACCGAACUUCGACUGCUUAUCAUCCUCAAAUGAAUGGAGUCGUAGAAGCUUCCAUUAAGAACAUCAAAAAGAUUUUGAGAAAGAUUAUUGAUAAUCACAGAGUAUAUGGGACAGAAGCAGUGGUACCUGCUGAAGUUGAAAUACCUUCAUUAAGGAUCAUUCAAGCAGACGAACUGAGCAAUGUUGAUUGGGUUUACAAGGAUAUCAAGAGAUCAUCAUGUUCAACAAAUAUGGGAAAUUCAGAAGAGCAAAAGCGGCCAAGACUGACAUUUUUAUGCAGGAAAAGACAUUGA